GCUACAGCUCUAGUUCGUUUAUGUAACACUGCGGGAAGCUCUCUCAUCGCACGUGUGUUGUUGGACUCAGGUUCUCAGCUCCAUUUUGUCACCGAAAGAAUUGCACAGCAUCUUCGGUUACCGCGCAAAAAGCGCAGCAUAGAGGUAACGGGCAUUGGAUCUACAACAACGAAAACGCAGCAAGUAUGCUGUGUUGUACUAAAAUCGCGCCAUACAGCAUUUUCGUCGACUUUGGAAGCGGUCAACCAGCAAUCGUGCCAGCAUUGAGAAAUGGAAUUUGCCUAACGACAUAAAUUUGGCAGAUAAACAGUUCUACGAGCCAGCAACGAUCGAUUGUCUUAUUGGAGCAGCGUUAUUUUAUGAUUUGCUUCUCGUCGUUUCUGCAGAAAGCUAAACUCGGUUGGAUAGUUUCUGGCAUCGCUAACUCAUCUGCACCAAUAGCUUCAUCACCAAAAACCUCAUCGUUGAAUAAAUCAUCGGCCUAUAAGGCAUUUAUCACCAUGUCCGAAGAACCAGUUCUCGAUCAGCUGUUGCAAACCUUUUGGGCAUUGGAAGAACACCACACCAAUUCAUCAACGUCAGUUUCGCCAGAGGAGCAAGCAUUUGAAGAUUUCUUCGAAACAACCACAACCAGAUGUCCAAAAACCAACCAAUUCAUCGUUCGCUUACCGUUUAAAGAAGACCCCAGCAGCUUUCAAAAGAUGCCAGCACGAAGGCUUACGGAACCUGCAUCUACAUGGUCACACGCGAUUCUAAUGGUACGACGUCAUCGUUGCUGUCCGCUAAGUCUCGUGUAGCUCCAAAGAAGGAAGUUAGCUUACCUCGACUUGAAUUGUGCGCUACAUUGCUGCUGGCGGAACUGCUCAAAUCAAUUAUUGACAUAUUUUCACCAAAUCCUAAAGCCAUUCAUUGCUGGUCGGACUCGACCAUUGCGCUAUCCUGGAUCAAGGGAGAGCCGUCGCGUUGGACAGUAUUCGUUGCGAACAGAGUAACCAGAAUUCAACAAUUAACAUCACAAUUCAAGUGGCACCAUGUAACAUCAGCCGACAAUCCUGCUGACGUCGUUUCCAGAGGAGCAUCGGCUCAUGACAUAAUCGCCAAUUCUUUAUGGUUUCAUGGGCCAAAAUUUUUACUGUUGCCUCAAGAGCAUUGGCCACGUUCAUCGUUUGAUAUACCUUCUGACAUACCUGAACAGCGAUGUCAACGAUUCGCAUUGGUUGCAAAGGAACAAAAUGAUAUGAUCGCCUCUCACAAACACAUAACCAACUUCCAAAAAUUUCUUCGGAUAUUUACGUACGUGAGGUGGAUCAUUCAACGCAAGCGGGGAUUGAUGAUUACAUCCGGCGAAAUAGAGGCAACGUUAGAAAUGGUCUGCAAAAAUAUUCAGCUAUUGUAUUUUCGUGACGAGUACCAAAGGAUGUUAAAAAAUUCACCACUUCAUCGAUCGUCAAGGCUUUUACAGCUCGCACCAUUUUUGCACAAUCAACUUAUUAUAGUCGGCGGCAGAAUAAAAAAUUCUACGUUAGCUUUCAACGCCAAACACCCCAUCGUGCUGCCCCAUGCUCACCCUUUCAUUCACACUCUCAUCACUUACUAUCAUUGGCAACAUCUUCAUGCAGGCGCUCAAACAUUGCAAAAUAUUAUUCGUGACAAAUUUUGGAUACUCAACGCAAGAAAGGUCAUCAGGCAAGUAAUACACCACUGCCUAAUUUGUUAUCGCCUUCGCCCUGUUGUCACUAAGCAAAUAAUGGGGGCACUACCUUCGCAACGCGUCAGUCCAUCACACCCAUUUGAGACUACAGACAUUGACUAUUGUGGCCCCUUGUUAAUGACUCAGAAAAUCAGAGGCAGUGCUGCAAUAAAAGUGUAUAUUGCAGUUUUCAUCUGCUUUAGCACCAAGGCUAUUCACUUAGAGGUUGUGCCUGAUUUAUCAACGGCAGCAUUCAUCGCUGCGCUUAAACGAUUUGUGGCUCGGCGAGGACGAUGUCGGCUUAUCUACUCCGAUAAUGCAACUAAUUUUAUCGGGGCAAACCGUGAGUUACGACAUCUGCUUGAAGCAUUCAUUACACAGCAGUACAUCAACUCGGUAGAAAACUUUUGCCGUGAAGAAGGAAUCCUGUGGAAGUUUAUCCCACCCCGAUCACCACAUUUUGGUGGUCUGUGGGAGAGCGCGGUGAAAAAUGGAAAACAUUAUCUACGCCGGUCAAUUGGAAACCACAUACUCUCAUAUGAUGAACUUCAUACAGUAGUAUGUCAAGCGGAAGCAAUGGUAAAUAGUCGCCCGUUGAUACCGAUAUCGUCGGAUCCUAACGAUCUCCAACCACUCACCCCUGCACACUUUUUGAUAGGGCGUACCCUCACCGCUAUCCCCGAGCCACCACCAGAAUCUGCUCAACUCAGCCUCCUAA